AUGAUGUGGGAUAAGGAAGGGCUGCUGAAGGAAAUAGAAGGGUAUGAAGAUGGAAAGAUAGUCAACUGGACAAGCAUAGCGAGUUUGGCUUUUUGUCGAGGGUCGAGGGUAGCAUGUCGAGUGUCGAGGUUGAAAUUCAACAAAGAUUCCCUCAAGGAUGCYGUGUUUAAACACUUAGAAAGCCAUAGGUUUGAUGUAAAGGGCAAUGACAAGCUUGAUUUUCUUUGCAAUGAAGACUUUUCAAGCAGUGUAAGGCCUGAUACCUGGUUGCAAGCUCUGRARGAGUUAAGGAAAGAAUAUGCUACUGAUGUUGUUAUUCAAGCUACAGCAGRGGUCUUGCAUAAUUAUGAGCUGGUAAUACUGACAGCUCGAAAGGAUGGUUCUGGUGAAUGGUCAGUUGAAUUGGUGAGGAAGAAWGCAGAGACAGGAAUUCAGCUAGGGUCGCUUUACUUUUUGCAUGAUUCCACAAGCAAGCACUAUAUGGCUAUUAAGCCCAUCGAGAAGGAUAUAUUACAUACAAGUGGUACAUGUAAAAACAAGGAAGAAUCUAGUGCUACACAGAGCACUAGGCAGAAGAAGGUAURCAUCUCAGUUAAACAAUGUACAGUCAUGUAAAUCAUCAAAUUAACUAGUCUUGAAAUAAUUUUUAAUUGUAAGUGAUCUAUACAGUAUCUAAAAUCUUCAAUUAAAAACAUUUCAUUUUAAAAGCUAAAAAAUAGA